AAGCUUUUCCAAAAUGAGCCAUAUUGUGGAUUCUAAGGCUCCGGCACAGUAAAGGACGGCGGUAAUGCAAGAGGAGUGGGGGAGGAGACUGAGAAGGCUGGGUACUGGGGUGACCACCUCAGGGGCGGGUUCACCCUCUCCCGGAGAGGAUGAGGAGCUGUCUCGCUCUCCCACAAAGAGAGAUGCCCAGGGCGUUCUUUUAACCCCCUUCGUAUUGAAGAGAACAUACACCAGAGACUGCCGGUCAAGACAUGGAAAAAGAAGAAAAUGGGGCCUAUACGGCUGUUCAGCACCUGAACCAGACGCGGUUGAGAAAAGGGAGCCCCGGCAGCUCCGAGGACCACUCCACACAGCCCCGCUAACAGUCGCCAGCCUCCCUCCUCACUCUAGCGGCCUUAACCCGCUGCCAAUGAGGAGUGCGCCCCCUCCCUAACUCCCACUCUCAAGGGGGUUUAACUGCCAGUUUCCCCUUCCCCAACCUUAAAACCCGCCAUAAUGCUCCAUUUCUAGGGACAGGGAAGAGAAAGGAUAAAUUCGAUUUGAACAAGCAACGUCUUGCCCCGGCAAAGACACCUGAGAGUCAACGUCGACUGUCGCCGCCGAAGGAUAAAGAUGAGAGACUCCCUCCCCACUGGAAACCCAAGUGCCCCUUCCCCGCAAACCCCAGGAACUCCCACGGAGACGACAGGCACUGACCUGUGAUGUUCACACACCAGACACCCGAACCCCGUUAUGUGCUCGACCCCGAAGGAGUCUCCACACCUCCGCGAUUAGGCGACCCCCAGACAGCAGCCACUGCGGACAGAAGACCCGGCUCCACACACCCCUUCCCCAAACAGCAGCGCGCAGCCUCUUCACCAGGAACCGAGGAGUCAGGGGAGGGGGCACCCAGGCAGUCAACAGGAACGCAGAGAAGACGGCAAGGCUGCUCCGAGUGUCUUAGCCCCCUCUGUUGCCGCUCCCGAACUCAGGCACCGUCUCCGACUCGGCCCCCUGCGCCCGCUCAGUGUCACUGCCGCUCGCUCUGGGAAAAUGGCGGCGACGGCGGCGGCGGCCGCGGCGGCGGCGGCGGCGGCGGCCGCGGCGGCAAGUGCACGGGGCCCGCCCGCCCCGCUCCGCAGGGGCAGAGGGGGAGGGGAUGAAGCUUUCCGCCGCCAUUUUGCUUGUGGGCUGCCGCCCGCCGUUGCCUCUCCAGGGAGGCUCGAGGAUAGCAAACCGGAGGCAGUGAGGUGACCAGAUCUCUGUCUUUUUCAGAAUAGAUGCAUUCAACAAUUCACCCAAGGUUUGGGGAAGUUUCGGUAUUUGGUGGGAUUGGUUCUUUACUUCUUUCCCGCAGUAGCCCUGAAGUCUGGAUCUAGGUGAGCUUGGGCACGCCACUCUGGGUGGAAGGAGAGUGACAGCAGGGCCUGCGGACGAGCCCCCUCCUAUCUCCCUCCGAAAGCGAUGCACUUACUCCCACCUCCAAAAACCCCUCAGCCCCGUCUCCCCUGUUCUUUCCCCCUCCUCCCCACCCAGUCUGGCCUCCGGCGCAGGGUGAACCCGGUUCGGGUGUCACUCGACGCCCACUAGGGGCUGAGUAGGCUCCAGUGCGCAGGCUCCGGGCACCGGAUAAAAGCGGAGCUGGCGAGUCCAGUGCCGUCUCGAUGGAGGAGCAAGAAACGGAAGCGGUCGGGGGGAGAAGCAGCAGGAAAAAUACAGCCACCGUCAACGUCGCCUCCCUGCCACCGUGUAUCGGGGUAAAAAGCUGCUGUUGCCGUCGGUGCAGUUGCCGUUGCUGCCUCGUAUACUUCUCUUGGCCCCGGGGAAGGAUUUCCCCGCCGGCGGGACAGUGUACGGGGAGGGGAGCGGGAAUUCCUUAUGUGGCGGUGAUUAAACGAGGGAGGGACAGUGAGACAGUUAUCUCGAAGAAAAAUGGGGGAGGACCAAAGAAUAAAACAAGGGUUUCCCCCUUAAAAAUGACACGGCGAUUCCGGCUCUUGUUUUCAGGGUCUUUUCCCCGAAAUGGCGGUUUCCGUCUUCCCUCUGCCCCACAGCGACCCAGAGCGCUUGGUAAGCUGAGUGGGGAGAGGCAGAGUCGCUCUCGGCAGCCAAUCGGUGCCCGACGUGGCCUGUUGGGCGCGUCGUUAUUGGCUAGUGAUGACCUCAUCCUGCAGCAGCGGGUGGGGCCGAAGGCGUAGGGGGAGGCUGUUGCAAAGGCAGAGAGGGAGAAGUGACGAUGGGGAUCGUUGCUGCCGCGGCUGAUGUGGAACCCAAGCAGUGGCGAAGGGAAUCGCAAGGCUCUCCCUGACCAUUUUCUCCUCUCCCUGCGCGAGGUGAGGGCCCUGGCUCGGCCUCUGCGAAACUUUGGGGCGCUGGCGCGGACUAGGAGACCAGCUUUCUCCCGUAACUUUUGUAACUGCGUCAGGGCAAGAUGGCGCUGGGUCUCCUUGGGGCGCGGGGGGAGAGGCACGUCCACCGCCGCCGCAGCGCAUGUGACCGGGCUGCAUUCCUGUGGGGUUUGGCUCAGACCCAGGCUGGGGCGGGGGAGGGAACCGGGCUUGGGCGGAGGAGACGGUGGUGCGGUCGGCGUUGGCGGCCUGAGGAGGAAGAGAUGACUGUUUGAAAGAGCUUCCCCUCCCCCUGCUGCAGAACGGCGGCGGCUCCUGGGGGGAAAGCCCCCGGAGGACACUCCUUGUGUUGGUGGAGAAGGUUUAGCGCCCUGUUUUCCUACCUGCUUUUCUCCUUGCGAAGCAUACUUGCGUAAGGUGGUAGGUCCCUGAACUGUGGAGUCCCUGAGGGCCCCUGGGAUGUGUGGCAAGGAGAGACUAGCUCCUAGGGGCACAACGUUGAGGAAGAAUCCGGUUUUUUUAAUGAGAAAACGUAAAGCUUCUCAGAUUUCAAUAGAAAGAUAAUUCCAAAGUUUGGAAACGAGUGUAAAGGUGUAAAUAACACCUAGGAACACAUUAAUUGCUUAAAAGGUACAAGCAGCCAAGGACUAUGCCAUAUGAAUUUAAGGGCCCCUUUCAAACUUUCUAUUCCUUUUGUACUUUCUCUUAUUUCUUCUAGCAUCCUCCCUAUUUGUACAUCCUAUAAGAAUGUGUAAUCUUAUCAGUAGGAUUUACUGUUUUAAAAAUAUAGACAUUAAUACAGAAUGGAAACUAGUUUUUAAUCUGUAUGAAGUUGUAAGGCUGUUUUCAAUACUUUCUGUGCUGUCUUUAUCUUGUUCUUUUAUGGUUUUAAAAAAUAAAAGAUGGAGUUGUAAGCAGUUCUGGUAAAUAUUAUUUACCAGAGGUUCCUGCACCAUUAUGAAAUAUUAAAGCCUACCUCUUCAAAGCA